AUGAAUUCAAACACUACAACUGAAUCGUCUCAUAUAGACAGAGACUUGGUCGGAUGCAUGCCUCCACGAUUAUCAACCAUUUUGUCUGAUGAUUUGGAAAGAAAAACAAGCCCUCCAAGAGAAGGUCGCGCCGAUCGUCUCGUGAUAUUCCAUUUCAUGAGACAUGGACAAGCAUAUUCCAACAUCGGAGAACUCGGCACACGUAGCCAGCUUCGUGAUCCAAAGCUCACAUUCGAUGGCAUACGACAGUGCGAACUAGUCAGAACUGUCCUAAACUCCAACCGCAAUAUCAAGCAGAUAUAUUGCUCCCCGAUGAUCCGCACCAUUCAAACGGCCUUGACCACAUUCAGAGAUGUGAUGGAGUUCUCGAUGGAAAAGCCAGCCACCAAAAUUGAGGCAUGGGAUGAACUUCGUGAAUGGGGCUCUAUCCCCUGUUGCACAGGCACUCCAGUGGCCAAACUCCAAAAAAGAUUUGGCCAACAAAUAGACUUUGGCCUCAUCAAGCCAGGUUGGGAGGUCAACAGAGAGAUAUACGGAGAUAUAUCUCGGGCUGAUAAGGUCAAGGAAUCACUUUUCAAAAUUGCUAGGAACGUACAAGAGUUGACUCGUCGUGGCUUGAUAUAUGAUGUCAGAGACGGCGACUCCUCUACACGUGGCCCAUACUAUGUGCCAUAUGAGAUUGCAAUUGUAUCCCACGGCGGAUUCUUGGAAACAAUGCUAGAAGCAGAGUUAGGAGGUAGAGCUUCCGUCUUUCCAUUCAGAAAUUGUUUCCACAACGCAAAUCUGAAGUCUUUCUUGUUCGAGACUAUCGAUGGUCUUGGCGGCGUUCGACACGAAUUGACCGAAACGAAAGAGAGCAGGACGCGGAAAUACUCUCGUAGCUCAAUCCCCUUGGGCUAG